AUGAACGCCGGUACUUGCGCUCCAAAAUGCGCUCCCAAUUAUUUAAGCACUCUUAAAUGCACGGUAUAAAAUGGAUCAUCCGUUAUUAGAUGUGGUUGCGAUCUGUUUAAACCUAAACCUAAGACACUAGCCUAAUCUUUAUCCUCUUAAGAUAGAGUUGAAGUCAAAUUAGCUGAGAGCAGAGCUCAAGGUAAACUUAGACAGUUAUCUUCAUCGGCUUUAAUUUUAUGA